AGCUGCUGCAAUUGGCGAUCAAGUGUAUAAAGCCAUUGGACCUCGGGUAGAUACGACUUAAAUAUGUAUCGUAAGAAGAAAAAUCUGACCGUCGCUGCGCCGGCUGAAGACCAGACAUCGUACUCGCUUUCUGGAGGCGUUUUCAAAGAAGGGGACUUAAGUGUUGGCCAAGAUGGCCUGAAUAUAGCUGAUCACGCGGCAAAAUUACUUGCCGCAGUCACCGAACUAAGCCUGGAUGAGCCAGCUGACGAUGACAAUGAGGAGUUCAGUAUAGAUCUGCCAAAUGUACAGUCCGAUACAUCUCUAGGAGUGGUCAAUCCUUCAGAAGCUGUUCAACUAAAUGACUUGCAAAGGUUGGGCGUAGUUGGACGAGGUGCAGGCGGUGUUGUGCAAAGAGCAUUACAUGUGCCCACAGGAAGGAUCUUUGCACUAAAGAUAAUACAACUGGACGUCACUCCUCAAGUUCGCAAACAGAUUCUCUUGGAGCUAACAACACUGUACAAAGCACAAUCCCCCUAUAUCGUAAAAUUUCACGGUGCCUUCUUCAGCGAAGGGUCUAUAUCGAUUUGUCUCGAGUAUAUGGAAGGUGGAGCCCUCAGUGACCUGUGUCAAAAAUCGGGACGGAUUCCGGAAAAGUACUUGUGUCAUAUCGCAGAGCAGUCUUUUACAUCCGGCAAAACUUCUCGCUUCAAGGGCCUCCGGGGUCUACAAUACAUGCACAAGGAUAGGCAUCUGAUUCACAGGGACAUAAAGCCAUCAAAUCUGUUACUUUCAUCCACGGGUGCUGUUAAAAUCUCGGAUUUUGGUGUCAGCGGCCAAUUAGCCAGUACUAUCAGUAGCUGCGUUUCAUGGGUCGGUACUGUUACUUAUAUGUCGCCGGAGCGAAUCCAAGGGAAAUCAUAUUCUGUGUUAUCUGAUAUUUGGAGUUUUGGACUCUCGGUGAUGGAGCUUGCGUUGCACGCAUUUCCUUACCCGAUUAAGACGGAAGAAGGGGGCCUUGGGUUCUGGGAGCUUUUGGAUUAUAUAGUCGAUCAACCUGCGCCAGUAUUACCAGCCAGCGAAAGUUUCAGCCCCGAAUUCCGAGACUUCUUGAGACUCAGUUUACAAAAAAAUCCGAAAAACAGGCCUACGGCAUCUGAAUUACUGCAACACCCGUGGAUGCAGAUGCACGACACUUCCGAUUGUAAUCUAUUUGAGUGGGCAAGGCACAAUGUGGUAGAGCCUGUUAGGAAUUAAGUAUUAAUCGGCAUUUGAAUCCCAAUUGCCAUGGACAUUACAUCUAAAGACUAAAUCUAAAAUCAGUACAUCUCGUAAAUGUUCUUAAAAGC